UUUUAACGUGUACACAAAUUUGUACAACACGAAACAAGGAUUCAGUGUCCGUGAAAGAGAUCUAAAAUUAAUAAGGGAUCGAAGUAACGAAGAAUUUGUUGGUUAUUUCAAGGUAAUCCCCUCGAAGCGAAAACAAGCGCGUGAUUGGUUUUAAUAGUGACGUUUGUAGAUUUGUGACGUUUGCACAAGGAACAGUUUAUGUUUAAUUGCAAACAUAAAAUUGUUAGGAUGACAGUACUCGUACGAUCCGAGUACAGUGCAGUUUGAAGUAUCUAUGAAAUUAGUGAUUGAGUCAGAACACGAUAAAAGAUAGCGAGAAUCCUGACGAGAAUUUUCUUUUACGUGGGCUGUAUAAAACAACCGUGUAUGAACGCAUCGAAGUGAGAGAAAGAUAGAAAUAGUACGUAAGAAGGAGAGGUUAAUUCGUGCACAGAAAAGAGCCAGAGAAAGAAAGCAAGAGCAUAGAAGAAAAGAGAGGGCAGUCAGUGCCGAAGCUUUAUCUUUAUUAUGCGCCGCUGAGUGAAUUGUCAAGUGAAAUCAGAAAUGGCUGCCAACGAGCAACAACGGAAGGAACCACGGGAGUUAAGAGAACCAGCCCACCAUGCAAGGAGACCGAUGAAUGCAUUUCUCAUUUUUUGUAAACGACAUCGUGGUUCAGUGCGGUCUGGUUUCCCACAUUUAGAAAAUCGGGCAGUCACAAGGGUUCUUGGUGAAUGGUGGGCCACUCUUCAUCCAGACCAAAAGCGUUCUUAUACAAAUUUAGCACAGGAGUACAAAGAUGCAUUUUUAAAUGCAAAUCCUGAUUUUAAAUGGUACAAAUUACCAGCACCUCCUUUACGCACUUUGAAUACUAGGCCUACAAAUAAAAAAGCAGAAACAAUCUCUAGCGAGCAAAAUGUAGAGAAAAUCAAAACUGAGAAUGAGUCUUCCAAUUAUUCAAAAUCCGAUGAGCGAGAUGGACAAUCAAUUCAACCGGGUAAAUUAGCCGAUGAAUCCCAGAUUGGUGGCCUCAGUUCUUUAUUUACACCUCAGAAAACACAAAUAGCAGAUGAGCAAGUGAUUGUCAAUUGUUCUAUGAUUGACAGUGACAGUGAAGUUCCAGAAACUCCUAAAAAAAAGUAUCCAGACUUACCUCUUUCACUUGAUGAUAAAAGGGAAUGUAAAGUUGACCUUUUUGAUGCAAAAAAAAGGAUAAAAUCUGAAUCAAACAACAAUGAACAACAAUAUGAUAUAGAAGAUGAGAAACCAGAGAUAAAUAAUUUUUUGACGACAAAUAUGUCUUCUGAAGAAAGUAAUUUUAAAAGCGAACGUACGUGCAAAGGUUUACGUUAUCAGAAAUUUCUUGCAGAACAAAUGAAAAAUAUUGGUUCAUCAGGACAACAACCUAAGCGAAGACGGCAAACUGGUAAUCGUAGCAGCGAUGGUCAAACAAGCGAGAGAAGAAAUUCUAUUUCAUCAAAUGUCAGUGAGAAAACAGAUUCGUUGAGUAGUGAAGGUGGAAAUAGUUCUCGAGGCGAAUUAGAACAUCUUGCAGAAAGUGCCGAGGGAAACAUUGAAGCUUCAAAACCAGAAGACACGGAAACGGAAGGGACAGAAGGAGAAUUAGAUUUUGGACCUUGGACCGCGCGUAAAAGAUUUCGAGCCGAGGAUUUUAAUUUAGAAAAGAAAAUUGAAGCAUUACCAUCUUUAAGUUUAGAAGAAUUUCAAGAAAAAAAGAAACAGCAACGUACGAAAAAGAAAAAAAUUGUACAAAAGUUAACAUUAGCUUUGAGUAACAAGAAAUAUCAAAAUAAUUUUAACACUAAUGAUCAAGCAAAUAGCCAAAAUACGGAAGAUACAGAAAAAGCGCUUCUUGUUGGGAGCCAAAAAAGGAAAGCACGAAAACAGAGUAUUACGCGUAACGCAGCAGCUAUAAGUGAUUUUAAACAAGAAAUAGAGGAAUCUAAUGAAUCGUGGUGUGCAUCGCCGGACUUGGAAGCACUGGCAUGUCUUGCAGCAGUUGCCGCCAACAGAACAAAGCUUACCAAACAUAAUACAUAAGAUAUAUUUUUCGAUAUUUAGCAGUCUUUCACGAUGAUAUAACCUUGCGCUGUGCAAGUCAAAAUCUUAUUCAUUUAUUUCUUAGUAUAAUUUCUUAUUAGUGGAAUUAUUGAAAUAAUUGCUUUGAUUGCUGUUAAAACAUAAUAACGUUUCCAACUGAUCAAACAUGUAUCACGUUAGUAUCGUUAAUGCCUGUGUCGUUAAUUGCUGUUAAUUAUGAAUAUUAAUAUUGUGACUGCUAUAAUUAUUUUGCCACUCAACAUGUAAAGAUGUUUCUUUUAUGUUGCAUAAAUGUCCUACGAACGUGGUCAAUGAAUGAUAGUUUUUUGUAUAGUUUAUUCACAAAUAAUGUUGUUACUAUUACAUACUGAAGAAAGAUUCUAGUUUUCUCUUUUCGUUGUGUGUAAUUAUUAAAAUAUUACGUCACACAUUCUAUACUUGUUAAUAAAUACCUGCAGUGCAGAUGAUAGCCAUUUUAUCUAAUUUGAGAAAAUGCUCGCGUAUUGAUACUGAAUGGAAAAUUUGUGCAACUUCCAUCAAACAUAAUAUUGUCACAUAGGACCUGACUGGGAAAAAUUAUCGAUGAAGGAUAGAAAAGGUGCAUAUAAUGAAAUAUGUUAAUGUGUAUUAUAGGAUGAUGUUGGCAAAGCAAGGAUUGAACUUGUAAAUUAAUUUUGUUAAUAUAAAAUAUUAUAAAUGCGAUUGAAAAGUAACAGUGCCGUAAACCUUAACAAAGCCGAUAAACAGGGCAUUUUAUCAUAUCUGUGUGUAGUAAUGAUAACAUGUAAUAAUUGAAAAGUUACUUGUUACUAUUUUUGUUAUCGUCAUCGGCGUACGUUUCUCUCUAUUUCAUUAUGUUCUGUAAACACUUUAUGUACAUAGAAAUAGGUGCAGUAUUAUGAAAGAUAUCCUUCAUGAUCUGAAUAUCAAAAAAGGAUAUAAUCAAAAUAUACAUGUAUAAAUAUAUAUGUAUAUAUAUUUAUACACAUAUUCAAGACCACUGUUUAUACGUUAUACAUGCGUACAUGUAAACAUACGUAAUAAUGUAACUUAUGCAAGAUAGAAAAUGUAAAUUUUAUUGUUAGUGAGUGUUUUCUCGUAUCAGGAAGCGUAUGUAUACAUGUACGUAUGUAAUUUGAUAAGACUACAUAUAUAUAUAUAUAUGAAUGUAUAUUUAUAAUAUUUAUAUCAACUAACUAUUAUUUUAGUGUUAAGACCAUGAAAAUGCGAUCCUGUGCUCUGUUUGAGAAAGUAAGGGACUUGUCUGUGAUUUUGGCUAAAGGAGUUUUUAAUAUUUUAUAUUUUUCUAUUCAUUUUCUCUCCUUUUCUUUUUCACAUCGUUAAGUUCAUUCAAGUCUAACUCCAGACACUGUUAGCGAAAUGAUAGGAAUAACUAAUGUUAGUAAAUUCCUCUAUUAUAUGGAAGUGAGUAUACUGAUUACAUUUCAAAUGUGCCUUGAAGAGAUAUGAACAUAGAUAUUAAACAAUGACCAACAAUAUAUUUUCGAUUCGUUUCGCCAUUCUAACUGUCUUUUGGCUUUACAUUUAUACCUUCUACAGUUUCUAAUUGUGGUUACGGUACAUAACUAUACAAGUAUAGCAAGCCUUUAUGGCCAGCAUCCGAAUACUUGGAUUCUUAAAAGAAAAAAAAUUAAGGGAAAGUGUUUCGAAUUUUACUGCACAAACAUCUAUGUACCUAGCUUUAAAAAGUAUAAUUUAC